GUAUCUCUAAGCGUCUUUCAGGAAGUUGAACAAAGACAAUUCGGGCGCGCGCGAUCGCUCGCUGCUUCUCGUGACUGGAACCGGAUCGGUUGUCAGAGGGCAAAGAUGCUCUGGCUUCAGAGUCGGACCCUGCAUCUCACAAAGUAUUCAAAACCACUUCAAAGGAUGUUGUGUGAAGCCAGUGCUAAACUACCUGUGUUAACGUUGUUCACCAAGCAUCCCUGUUCUUUGUGUGAAGAAGCCAAAGUGAUGCUUGAACCACAUAAACACAAGUUUAUUUUGCAGGAAAUAGACAUAACUCUUCCAGAUCAUUCAGUCUGGCUUGAAAAAUACAAGUAUGAAAUACCUGUCUUUCAUCUGAAUGGGAAAUUUUUAAUGAAGCAUCGAGUAGACAUACAAAAACUAGAAAAUCAACUCUUGAAUCUAGAAUUACAAGAUGAAAGCAAUAAAUGAAGAAAAACAAAGAUAUUUAACUGCAAACUGGAAGAGUUGCACGGAUGAUUUUUGUAUUGCUUUCUGUACAAAUAAAAUCAUAACCUGCAAAAAUGUGCUGAAAUUUAACUUGAUUUUAU